UCAUAUAUUCGACAUUAUAGGAUCUAUGACAUUUUGAUAUAUAGUGUAAGAUCUUUUAAUAAUGUAAUAGGCAAUAUUUGGUCUAAUUGCACUCAUCGAUGUAGUUUUUUACGGGCUUCAAUUUGGUAUAAAAUACUUAGUGAAAUCAUUUAACCUUAAGGUCAAACCAGGGGGCGUAAAGGUUUUGCAGCGCCCUGUAAAGCAGAUAGAACGCUAGUAGAUUAGAAAAGGAAGCUCAAGUAUAUCAUACAGUUUCCAGUUCAAAAAGAACUAUAGUUCCCGUUCGCGGAAACUGGAACUGGUAAACCGUUCCUCGUUUCUAGAAACAUGAAUUGCUGAACCGUUCCUAGUUCAGAACUGAAAGUGAAAAACCAUUCCCGUUUAUUGAGCGGGGAACUAAAAAAUAGUUCCCGUUUAUUGAAUGGGAACUGCGAACUGUCUCAGGCCUAGUCUGGAGGUUCGGAAAGGUUGUGUAAAGAAAAACAUUUUCCCCCGAAAAUUAGGUCCUAGGUGAGGGAAAUACCAAUUCAGUUUUUCACGCAGAUUACAAAUCUGGCUUUUAUUUUGUACCAAAUUACAUUGUCUUAGACAAAAAAAGAGAAUUAUUGUUCAGUUUGACGCGAGUUUUGCUCUAUUGAUCAACAUUGUAAAACAUUUUCAGAUGUCUGGCGAAACUUUCAAAAUUCUUAUCUUCCACUCAACUUGUACUAAACUGUCACCUCUAGAAAAUCCGUCUGUGUUUUCAGGUGUCGCGUUAUAAACAGAGUUAAAAUAAAGAACUUAAACAAAAGUUUGGCGUUUUAAAGUUUCAAAAAAUUCAAUAAUUUUAAUUUAUUGACUUGAAUUUUAAAAGUCCAUAAUAGCUGAAUUAUACAUUUUGUUCAGUAUUUUAUGCACUGUCAAGUGAUAUAUUGAAUAAAAAAGUCUGAUGUAACGAGUUGAAACUAUAAUUAGAAAAACAAAAUUUGCGGCUUUUUACUCAUUUCGAAAAAGCUGAAUUUCUUAGGAAGCGUUGGCUUGAUUCGAUCAUGCACGCUCCUAUAAGAGAUACGAGUCGCUGGUAUAACGAAAAAGCUUUAUAAUCCUUAAGUACAGAGUUUUCAUUUGCACAGCUGAUUCCAUCUUUUAAGCGAAUUCUUCUAAUUGUCACUGACAACGGCUGUUAGUAACACGCAUAUAUAGAAGUUAUUCGUGUUUUUCAUAAAAACCUAUGUAGCUCUUUUAGAUUCAAUCAAUCUCUAUGUUCUUGUUACGCUGUAAUCUGUUCUUCUCUGUGACCUGCUCCUCCGAAAUGUAUGAAUUUGGGUUUUAAUCCUUCUAAUUUCUCCUAAAAAGUAGGUAGACAACACCUCAUUUAUACGCGCGUUUUCUUCCAGAUCAGCCACGAUCCGGUAAACUUUUCAUUUAAAGCUUGGCAUCUUUCUCUGUUCCAUUCGUCGAACUUUUCAACAACAGCUUCAAAUGUUCACUUGUGUUUAUUUUUUAUAAUUGUGUUUUAGGGUCUUUUUCAAGUUCUUGGCACUAUCGGAUUAGUUAGUGCUAUUAAUGCAUAUGCUCUCCUUCCAGCUCUUGUUGCCGUUGCUGGCAUGGUAUAUGUACGAUCAUAUUAUGCACCAUGUUUAAGGGAUUUAAAACGUUUAGAGGGAACAACAAUUCGGUUUGAUUGGCUGUCUGUGGGAUUCAUUGCUCUUGUUACCAUUUUGGCAAUGUUGCCAAAUAUCAGAGAACGUUUGAAUGCAGCUGAAAUUGCUCUGACGCUUAUUUAUUCAUUAAAUUUAAUGGUUCUAUUUCAAUGGAUGGUAAGACAAUCGGUUGAAGUUGAAACACACAUGACAGCAGUUGAACGUGUACUAGAAUAUUGUCGACUUGAACAAGAACCACCAUCAGAAGUUCCCGAGUAUAAACCAAAAUCAAAUUGGCCAUCACGUGGAAAAAUUGAGUUUAAAAAUGUAUCAUUUCGUUAUUCAUCAAAUGAGCCGUAUGUGUUGAAAAAUUUACGAUUGACAAUUAAUUCAGGUGAAAAGAUAGGAAUUGUCGGUAGAACAGGUGCGGGGAAAAGCUCGUUUAUUCAGACAAUAUUCCGGAUGGCCGAAUGUGCUGGUGGAGAAAUAUUAAUUGAUAAUAUAAAUAUAUUUAAAUUGGGUCUAAAUGACUUACGGCAACGAAUAUCAAUCAUUCCACAAGAUCCUGUGUUAUUCACAGGUACAAUGCGCAACAAUUUGGACCCAUUUGGUAGUCACACAGAUACUGAAAUAUGGAAAUCAUUAGAAGAAGUACAAUUAAAAUCACUUGUUGAUAAUUAUAUGACGAAUGGGCUAGAUUCUCAUGUUAGUGAAAGUGGGUCAAAUUUAAGCGUUGGUCAAAAACAAUUGGUGUGUUUAGCGCGUGCAAUUUUGAAAAAAAGUAAAAUACUUGUGAUUGAUGAAGCAACGGCAAAUGUUGAUCAUGCAACGGAUGAAUUAAUUCAAAGCUCAAUUCAAGAAAAAUUUCGUGAUUGUACAAUAUUAAUAAUAGCACAUCGUUUAAGAACAGUGAUUGAUAGCGAUAGAAUUAUGGUGCUUAAUAAUGGUGAGGUAGUUGAAUACGAUUCUCCCUAUAAUCUGUUAGAAAAUCCAAUAUCAUAUCUGUCUGAAUUAGUACAACAAACAGGAAUGGGCGAAUCAGAUCAUUUAAGAACAUUAGCACAGAAAGCAUUGAUUAAACGACAACAACAACAGCAACAAAAACAACCACAAAUCGAGGAUGAAUACAGUGAGGAUGAUCAACAAAUUCAAGCUAAUGAAAAAACUCCUUUAUUAAGAAAAUAA